CCCCAUCAUCUGGGGUCUGCGCAGCCGGCCUCCCCCGCCCCCUAGCGGAUUCAUGUGGCAGCGCAUCCCGGACCCCAGCCGAAGAAAAGCCAGCCACCCGCACCCAGCGCGGCAUCCCCACGCUGUCCUCGAGCAUAGGCUUGGCGGCGCUCUUCGAUUGCCUUCUGUUUCUAUCCAACCACCAGCAAAGCUGCGGGCGAGAGUAUUCCAACCAAGGCUCCUGAAUCCCAGACCUCAGCGAGUGACAAACUGGGUGCCUUCAGCUGCCCUCCCAACCUGGUCCCGGAGCUCACGCGUCUUUGAGUCCAUCAGCAGCGGUGCAACUUCCCCGGGGAGUCAACUUUAGGUCAACCCGAGGACUCAGUGCAGUGGAAAAGGCUGAACCUCUCAAGAAACUGGCACUCGGGUAGAGGAUUCCCGCUCAUUUGCAGUGGCUGAAAGAAGGGUUGGAUUCCAGCAGAACAGUCCCUGCCGGACUCCAGGAGCGGAGCCCUAGGCGCUUCGCUCAGCGCUCUUGAAUUGCGCUUUGGCCCCGCCCCUUAGCGCUACGCCUUAAAGGGCUCAAGGCCGGCGUACCUAGGGCCACGGUCAUGGAGGGCGCAUUCUCAGCCAACUGGAGCGCCGAGGCGGUCAACGGGAGCGCCGCGCCUCCUGGGGCCGAAGGCAACUGCACUGCCGGACCGCCGCGGCGCAACGAGGCACUGGCACGCGUGGAGGUGGCAGUGCUGUGCCUCAUUCUCUUCCUGGCAUUGAGCGGCAACGCGUGCGUGCUGCUGGCACUGCGCACCACGCGCCACAAGCACUCACGCCUCUUUUUCUUCAUGAAACACCUGAGUAUCGCUGACUUGGUGGUAGCUGUGUUCCAGGUGCUGCCGCAGCUACUGUGGGAUAUCACCUUCCGUUUCUAUGGGCCCGACCUGUUGUGCCGUCUAGUCAAGUACCUGCAGGUGGUGGGGAUGUUCGCCUCCACCUACCUGCUGCUGCUCAUGUCGCUUGACCGCUGCCUGGCCAUCUGUCAGCCGCUGCGGUCGCUGCGCCGGCGUACCGACCGCCUGGCGGUGCUCGCCACUUGGCUUGGCUGCCUAGUGGCCAGCGCGCCGCAGGUGCACAUCUUCUCGCUGCGCGAGGUGGCUGAAGGCGUCUUUGAUUGCUGGGCGGUCUUCAUCCAGCCCUGGGGACCCAAGGCCUACGUCACGUGGAUCACACUCGCUGUCUACAUCGUGCCAGUCAUCGUACUCGCUGCUUGCUACGGCCUCAUCAGCUUCAAGAUCUGGCAGAACUUGAGGCUCAAGACGGCUGCAGCAGCUGCGGCUCAGGCUCAGGGACCUGAGGGUUCAGCAGCGGGUAGUGAGGGUCGCGCGGCCCUGGCACGAGUCAGCAGUGUCAAGCUCAUCUCCAAAGCCAAGAUCCGCACGGUCAAGAUGACCUUCAUCAUCGUGCUGGCCUUCAUCGUAUGCUGGACACCAUUCUUCUUCGUGCAGAUGUGGAGCGUCUGGGAUACUAAUGCACCCAAGGAAGCCUCGGCCUUCAUCAUCGCCAUGCUCCUGGCCAGCCUCAACAGCUGCUGCAACCCCUGGAUCUACAUGCUCUUCACAGGCCAUCUCUUCCAUGAACUGGUACAGCGCUUCCUCUGCUGCUCCUCCAGCCAUCUGAAGGGUAGCCGCCCAGGAGAGACUAGCGUCAGCAAAAAGAGCAACUCCUCCACAUUUGUCUUGAGCCGACGCAGCUCCAGCCAGAGGAGCUGCUCCCAGCCAUCAACAGCGUGACCCACUGGUCUGGGUCAAAGCCACCUGGGUUGUGCUGACACAGUCUACCCCUUGGUGGCCCAUGUACAUGUAUGUAUCAGGUACUGAUCAGCUCAUGUCCCUCUAUACCUUGGGGUAGCUUGAGGGUGAUGGGGGACUGGUGUGGGGUGGGGAAGAGGUUUCUGUGGUGGAAGAUGAUAGGGUGACUCCUCCAUCAGAUAGUCACCCUGAGCUCCCACAGGUACUUCUGUUACCCUGAUCCCAUGGCUAUUCUCUGCAGUGGGUGGUACUUUUCUCCCCUGGACCUCUCCAGCAUCUUUUUACUCCUUUAUUAUGGGUUCUUAUGAAAGGUAAUAAGUAUGGGGUUAGUGACCAACUUGAUCAAGACACCUGGUGUUCUGGGCUUGGUAUAUGUAGUGGGGGUGGGACUUCAGAUGGUGAGGGUGGUGCUAACUUCCUCCUGACCUCAGAGAGAGUGUUUUUGCCUUUGAGUGGACAAAUCUUAACAUUCUUGGGACCAGCUGUCAGGAGAUUGCCCUUGGAGGAGGAGAUCCCCUCUAAGGCCAUCUGGCAUAGAUAACAAAUGAGAACUUGGCUUGAAAAUGUUUAAGAAGCUAAUAUUUAACAAGCAUUUUGGAAAGAGAACUAAAAGGAAUCCAGAUUGGAAGGAAGAAGUAAAGCUAUUUGUACAUGACACGAUUUUGUAUAUAUAGAAAAUCCUAAGGAAUACACACACACACACACACACACACACACACACACCUAUUAAAUAAAUGAGUUUACCAAAGUUAUAGGACAGAAGAUCAAUACAUAAAGAUUGAUUGCAUUUCUUUAUACUACCAAUGAACAAUUCAAAAAUUAAGAAACAAUUCCAUUUAUAAUAGCAUCAGAAACAAUAAAAUAGGAAUAAAUUCAACAAAAGAAAUGUAAGACUUGUGCCUUGAAAGCUACAAAAUAUCAUUCAAAGAAAAGUCUUAUAUUAAUGGAAAGACACCCUGUGUUUAUGGAUCAGAGAGUUAAUAUUGCUAAGACCUCAAUACUAUCCAAAUUGUUGCACAGAUUCAAUGCAAUCUUUAUCAAAAUUUUAGAUGGAUUCAUUGCAGAAAUUGAUAAGCUGCUCCUAAAACUUAUAAGGAAAUUCAAUGAACUCAGAAUGACCAAAAAAUGCCUUGAAAAAUAAAAGGAAACUUGGUGGAUUCACACUUUUUGAUUUAAAAUUACUAUAAAGCUAUAGUAAUCAAAACAGUGUGGAACUGAAUUCUGGAUAGACAUUUAGAGCAAUGGAAUAGAAUAAAGAGUACAGAUAUAGUCCUUAUAUUUAUGGUCAAUUUAUUUUCACCAAGAGUACUAAGAUGAUUCUGUAGGGAAACAAUCAUUUUUCAAACAACUGGUGCUGAAUAUGCACACACUGAAGAAUGAAGUUGGACCCUUAACCACACCAUACCAAAAACUAAUUCAAAAUUUAUCCAAGACCUAAAUGGAAAGGCUAAACCUAUAAAACACUUAGAAGAAAACAGGCAUAAAUCUGUGUGAUCUUACCUGGUUGCAACCCUAUAUAAACAAUAAAUCUACAUCCUGCUAAAAAAAAAUCUGUGUGAUCUUGGAUUAGACAAUUUUUGCUUUGAUGUGAUUCCAAAGAUAUAAGGACAAAUAGAUUCAUUGGAUUUCAUCAAAAUAUAAAACUUUUGUAAUUAUCCAGAGAGUAAAAGGACAACUACAGAAUAGGAGAAAAUAUUUGCAAAUCAUAUUAUCUGAUAAGGGAUAUGUAUACAGAAUACAUAAUGAACUCUUAAAAUAAAUAAACAAAAAGAAGCCAAUUUAAAAAUAGGCAAAGAUUUGGAUAUAUAUUUCUCCAGAGAAGAUAUACAAGUCCCAAAUAAGCAGAAGGAUGAUGCUCAACAUUAUUAUUUUUCAUUAGGGGAACGCAUGUCAAAACCACAGUGAGAUUCUACUUCACAUCUACUAAGAUGGCUACAGUCUAAAGGCUGGACAAUAAGAAGUGUUGACAAAGAUGUAGAGAAAGUAGAACCUUCAGAAAUUGCUAGUGGGAAUGCAAAUGAUGCUGCCAUGGUGGAGACCAGUUUGGCAGUUCCUCAAAAAGUUAGGCAUAGAAUGACUGUAGCAUCUAGAAGUACCACUCUUUGGUUUAAACCUAAGAGAAAUGAAAAGAUAUAUAUAUAUAUACACACCCAAACUUGCAUACCAGUGUUGACUACAACAUCAUUUAUUAAUGUCCCAAAGAAAAAAUACCCAAUUGUCUACCAACUGAUUAAUGGAUUAAAAAAUGUAUAUCUAUACAGUGGAACAUUAUUCAGCUAUAAAAAGGAAGUACUAGCCUGGGGUUGUGGCUCAGUGGUAGAGUGCUUGCCUAACGUGUGAGGCAUUGCAUUCUAUUCUCAGCACCGCAUAUAGAUAAGUGAAUAAAAAUAAAGGUCUGUCAACAACUAAAAAUAUAUAUUAAAUUUUUUUAAAGUUCCAAUUCAUACUACAACAUGGAUGAACCUUAAAAAAAUGCUGAGUAAAAGAAAACAGUUCCCAAAGCCACACAUUGUUUGAUCCUCUUUGUCUGAAAUGUCCAGAUAAAUCUAUAGAAAUCUACAGAAAUUGACUAUUGAGUAAUGGUUUUCAGGGGCUGGAAGCUAUGGGAAAUUGAGAGCAACUUCAAAGAGGAUUGGGUUCAUUUUUUGGGGUGGUGAAAAUGGUCUGGAAUUGGUGCACAAUUUUGAGAACCAAUUUUCGGGUUUUUUAAAAUGUGUAUCUGAACUGCACAUGUAAAAGAUACAAAAUAAAAAAUGUUCUGCAGUUGAAUUCAGGGAAAGCCAGCAUGAUGGAUGAAUUGCUUGGAAUUUCUUACCUCCCUGAGCUCUUGUUUGUUAUGUGACUCACCGCUUCCGAGUUUCUGCAAGAGAGUGUGUUUCCAUUUUGGCCAACAGCAGAGGUGGCGAUAAUACCCUCACCUGGCUUUAAUAAAGGCACAGGGGACACUUGUAGCUGUAGAUGGUCAUGUUUUAUUUAGAAUAGCAAUUCUCCAAGGGCCUCAAAGGUUCUGCUUUUCUGAUAAACAUAUUCUCAAAUGUCCUCUCAGCCCAUGGAUAGGACCUGACUAUGUCUAAGAAAUAGGAAUUCCUUUAGUCAUUAAAUACAGGACAGUAUUGAUCAGAGAUUUUCUGUCUGGGACUGGUCAGCUUAGUGCACUCUGGGGCACCUUUGAAUAACUAUACACAUUUUUUAAUUUAUUGAGAUACAGCAAGAGCACUUUCUAAAAGCCACAGGUCCAUCACACACACACACACACACACACACACACACACACACACUGCACACAAAUGAGCCAGCAUGGUCUAGAUGUUCUGGGAGAGGAGAGGCACAUACUGAAGUGCCAGUGCUCAACCUCUUACAAUUUAGUACAAGACCUUCAGUACCAACCGGAGAUGGAGGGCAAUACCAUCUUUGGAGUCAGACCUUGCACCAUGGUGCUAUGACACGUGCUCAGAGUGCCAACACCAGCCUGUCCUUCCUCUUUGGGAAGCUAACAGGAUGCUUAUUUUGGGCUCUCUGUGCCCAUGUCUUAGAGCUUUGGGGUGCAAAUGCAGUGGUGGUGGGGUCUGUGCCUUGCAGAUGCUCUGGUCCUGCUGUUCCCUAAGAAGUUGCCAUCCUUGGAGCCACCUGAGGUCAAUGAGGACCAAGGGGAUAGUCACCUUCCUGGAACCCUGGAGUUGUGAGGAUCUUAGGCAUCAAACCCAAUAGGUCAUCAUUCUCUUCAUAUGAAAGCCCUUACUAGUACCUGGGUUCUCAUAAUGAUAGCAGAGUCUGUGUUUCAUGGUAUAUAAGUGACAUUUGAUUUCCACAACACUCCUGGAUCUAUACCCUCCCCUCCCAAUCUCAUCCCUGAGAAUAUUUUUCAUUGUCUCUUUCUCCAACCUAAGUCUGGAAGAAUGAGUGCAGAGGUCCAAAAUGCUCCCUGGACUUUGGUUAUCUAUGUCUUUUCCCAGACCCCCUGCCUGAGGUCUGCCCAGUACCUGCCUCUUCCUAUAGUUUCAGACCAAUUCACAAACCAUGUGCAUGACUGGAGGUGCCAGUCAGCUGGAGCCUUCUGGAGUGUUUCAGAGUUCUCAUCAUCAAAAGUGAAUGUGUAGACCCUGAGCAUUAUUUCUUUAGUCCCUGAAAAAAAAUCUUCUGCAAAUGUGAUCUCCUUUUGGAGAUGAGUCUAUGAGUCACCAUUUCUGAAAAUGCAAGGGGACAUAAUGCCUUUGAUGAAGAUCCUGGUUUCAGAGUUCUUCACGUUUUUCUUUUUUUGUAUCCGGUUGCAAUGAUCUACCACUAAACAUGCAGUGUUGGGUUUGUUCCACUGUGGUGACCUCCUGUGGUACUCCUGUGUACUGUGCUAACUGGUGAGUGAUGUGGCCAAUCAUGAUAUGUCUGCUUUGUAAAAGGUGCACUUAAUAAACAUCUUUUUUUCAUA